UUGCGUCCUCACGUUUCGUCAAUAACAUUUGUGGUGACGACUUUUCCCAGCGCCGAAGCCGACGGUCGUUCAAAACCGAAGAUGGCCUCGUCUAUCUGGAAGGGUCUUGUCGGUAUUGGUCUCUUCGCUUUAGCUCAUGCAGCUUUCUCAGCGGCACAGCAUCGUUCUUACAUGCGACUCACAGAGAAGGAAAAUGAAACAUUACCAAUAGAUAUAGUCCUACAGACCUUGUUAGCAUUUGUGGUGACCUGUUAUGGCAUAGUCCACAUUGCUGGGGAGUUCAAAGACAUGGAUGCCUCUUCAGAGCUCAAAAACAAGACGUUCGACACUUUGGGAAACCACCCAUCUUUUUACCUGUUCAAUCACAGGGGCAGGGUCCUCUUCAGGUCCCCCGAGGAGGCGGCCUCUUCUGCGGCCACCGCACAGGCCCUGCCCCCCAACCCCCUGCGGCUACGCAAGCUCGAGCCCUCGCACCACUGAGACUGGCCUUUCCACCCAUUCUCGCCCCCCCCCACCCCCCCAUUUUUUUUUUUCAUUUCUCGCCUUUUCAGUUUUCUGCCACAGACAGAACCUCACUUUCCUGAAGGGGAAAACGCAGAAUAGUUUCCGUUAAAUUACUUACCGCUUGCCAGAUGAACUGUACGUCCAUUUCUUUUCCCCAGGUUUCUUCCUUGCUUUCUAUCUUCGGGUCUGCUGUACUGCUUUUGCAUCAUGUUCCAAUGUCUAUCUCUUUGGACUGUGCCAACUCCUUUAUUAGGAGUGAUUUCUUGUUGAUAAAUGUGAUUCUAAUUUUUUUUUUGAGAAUACUGUACUAAGGAUCUUAGAUCUUCCUCCAUCCCCUGUUCAGACAAUUAACAGACGGGUGUCAGUCAGUUUGUUGCUCAACCAAGCCUUCAGAGUUUGCGACAAACUUCAACGCCUUCUGUUGGUGUCGUCCCAGACUUGAGCCAAUUGUACUUCGGACAAUUGUUUUUCUUCUUUGCACUACAGGAAUGUGAUGUAAAGUUGCAGUUCAUGGACUGUAAAACUGAUGUUUAGUUAACAGAUUGGAAUUUAUAUAUUAUUUGGAGGUUUUAUAUGUAGAUAGGCUGAUGUAGUAAACUGUUAAUCGGAAUUGUUUAAUGAAAGGAGUCGGGGCAGAGAUGGAAAUCAUGUUAGGGAAAUUUGGCAUUUCUGAGAACACUGGCUUAUGUGGAAAAUACAGUACAUACAUUGGGGUCAACACUGUUUUCUUCAUCCUGUGUAGAAAUGCAACACAUUUUAGCUAAAUAAAGUUUAAAUAGAUUGUAUCCAUUUAA